CGCUGCCUCCCUCCAGCUGGUUGUCAUUUCGCUCAGCGGCUCUGUCCUGAGGAGACGGGACUCGGCGGCGGCCGGGAGGGGAGGGAGGUACCGGCUGCGGCAGCGAGCAGGAGGCGGCCGGGGACAAGAGAUUCCGUAAUACCCAGACUCGCCGAUUACUGAAACGCCUCCCGACUCCUCGGAGCCGGUCUCUCGCCCCCUCCCCUCGCGAUAACCGAGUGUUUUACAUGAGGGGUAAGGGAAAUCGCCUGCAGCCGCGAGGACGCGAAGCAAGGAAAGGACGCUUCGGAGCCGCCGCCGCAGGACCCCACCCCCCUGGUGACUCCAGCGGUCUCCCUCCCCUGCAGUACUAAUCGAUCGUGACCCUGUCCCGUAAUCUGCGGGCGAUUUGGGAGAGCCGGUUAAACACCUUCCAUGGGGGAGAGAGGAGCCUGGCCCCUCGCCGCCUGCACCAUCCCCUCCCCGCUGGAGGUGGCUGCUCUCCUGAGGUAAAAUCCCUCCUGCCUUCCCAGACGCCAGGACUUCUGAGGGAGGGGUGAAGGGGGUACGCCAUAGAGAACGGGCCUGGCGAGCUCAGCCUUCCUGCACCAGCCUCUCGUCCCCUGCCGCCUGCCGAGUCCCUGAGGUAAAAUCCACCUUCCCUUGCAGACAAGGGCUCCCGCAGCUGAAGGAAGCCUACCUAGCUCAGUAAAAGGAGGCGAGCCCAGUACCAGAAACCACCUUUCCAGAAGCAGUAGCAGCAAGACACCUCCCUCACCCUCCUCCUGCAGAAGUCAUUGCCUGCUCUCCCCCCUCCCCCGAAUGCUGAAUGCAGAUUUCUAAGGUGAAACUCUUUUUCGGACUGCCAGGACUCAUCUGAAGGACACACAAAUAUCGAUCAUAAAUAGAAGGUGAGCCUGGCGAGCUCAGAAACCCAACCCAACAGGAGCAACAUCAAGAAUCCACCCUUCUCCUGCACAGCUCACUCCCCUCUCAUCUCCAGAAUACUGACUUUCUGAGAUAAAAAUCUUAUCCCUUUAAUAAGCCAAGACUCCUCUAAAGGACACGUACAAAAGAGUAUAUAUUAUUAUUAUACACAAUCAAGGCUUACUGAGCAGCAGCAGGGGGAAAAAACGCCUCCUGCACAGUUCACUCCCCCACUGAAUGCUAAAAUCCUGAGGUAAAAUCUUCCCAUAUCAACAGCAAGGACUCUUUUGAACAGGAAACAAAUAUAUAUUAGAUUAUAUAGAAUUUAUUAAAUUAUUCCAGACUUUUUUUUCCCAGCCAGGAGGUGGAGGGACCAGACGUCAUUGUUUCUCUCUUCCUCUUAACUCAUUUAUGGCCGAGUCAAGGCUGCUGAGGAGGAAAAAACAGGAUAGUUAAAAUCUCUUUAUAUCUGUCUGUAGAAGAUUUCUCUCUUAUUGAUGUGCAUUUCCUUUAGGAAAAGGAAACCUCUUAUUUUGCUAACCAAAGAUUUAUUUUUCAUUUCCUUCUAACCAGAGAAAGGAAACACACACAAAUUGACACAUGUUAAAUAUUUAAAGAGAUUUAUCUUUGAAAGAACCAGAACUUAUAUCCAAAUCAGAAAUAUUUAAGGAGUGUGUGGAGGAAGAAACUGUAUCUAGAUUAAAACAAGCUAUUUGCUAGUUCCUCUUUGGUGGAGGAGAGAAACACUAAACGUUGUUGUUUUUUUACAGGAGAAAAUCAAAUCCUAAAUAUAAUAAAUGGGGGAUUACGGGUUUGGAGUGUUAGUGCAAAACAACACUGGGAAUAAAUCAGCUUUUCCAGUGAGAUUUCAUCCACAUCUGCAGCCUCCACACCAUCAUCAAAAUGCAGCCCCCAGCCCUGCUGCUUUUAUAAAUAAUAACACAGCUGCCAAUGGCAGUAGUGCUGGGUCAGCUUGGCUCUUUCCUGCUCCAGCUGCCCAUAACAUUCAGGAAGAGAUUCUGGGGUCAGAAAAAUCUAAAACUCAGCAACAGGAAAAGCAGGAGUCUCUAGAAAAACAGCAGCUUUCCCCUAGUCAAAGUCAGGAAGCAGGCAUGCUGCCUGAACCUGAGAAAGCUAAAUCUGAGGAAAAUCAGGGAGACAAUUCUUCGGAGAAUGGCAACGGGAAAGAGAAAAUAAGAAUAGAAUCACCAGUGUUAACAGGAUUUGAUUAUCAAGAGGCUUCAGGGCUAGGUACUUCAACUCAGCCGUUAACAUCCACUGCAUCUUCUCUGACUGGUUUUAGUAACUGGUCAGCAGCUAUAGCUCCUUCUUCUUCUACAAUAAUCAAUGAAGAUGCCAGUUUUUUCCACCAGGGAGGGGUCCCUGCUGCCUCAGCUAAUAAUGGUGCUCUGCUAUUUCAGAAUUUUCCACAUCAUGUCAGCCCUGGUUUUGGUGGUAGCUUUUCCCCUCAGAUUGGACCCCUCUCUCAACACCACCCUCAUCACCCCCAUUUUCAGCAUCAUCACAAUCAGCAUCAGCAACAGAGAAGAUCGCCUGCAAGCCCUCAUCCACCUCCAUUUACACAUAGAAAUGCUGCUUUUAAUCAACUGCCUCAUUUGGCUAAUAAUCUUAACAAACCACCUUCUCCAUGGAGCAGCUACCAAAGCCCAUCACCUACACCAUCUUCUUCAUGGAGCCCCGGUGGCGGUGGAUAUGGUGGGUGGGGAGGGUCCCAAGGGCGAGACCACCGCAGGGGACUGAAUGGAGGGAUAACACCCCUGAACUCCAUCUCACCCCUGAAGAAGAAUUUUGCAAGUAAUCAUAUCCAGUUGCAGAAGUAUGCUAGGCCCAGCUCAGCCUUUGCUCCGAAAUCUUGGAUGGAAGAUAGUUUGAACAGAGCCGACAACAUAUUUCCUUUUCAGGAUCGCGCAAGAACUUUUGACAUGCAUUCUCUGGAGAACUCGCUGAUUGACAUAAUGAGAGCUGAAAAUGAUUCACUGAAAGCAAGGACAUAUGGGAGAAGGCGAGGUCAGUCUUCACUGUUUCCAAUGGAAGACGGGUUCUUGGAUGAUGGACGUGGGGAUCAAACUCUUCAUAGUGGCUUAGGAUCACCACACUGCUUCUCUCAUCAAAAUGGAGAAAGAGUGGAACGGUAUUCCCGCAAGGUGUUCGUAGGUGGACUGCCACCAGAUAUCGAUGAAGAUGAGAUCACGGCUAGCUUUCGUCGCUUUGGUCCUUUGAUUGUGGAUUGGCCGCACAAGGCGGAAAGCAAAUCCUAUUUUCCUCCUAAAGGAUAUGCGUUCUUGCUGUUCCAAGAUGAAAGCUCUGUACAGGCUCUGAUUGAUGCAUGUAUUGAAGAGGAUGGAAAACUCUACCUUUGUGUCUCCAGCCCCACUAUCAAAGACAAACCGGUUCAGAUCAGACCUUGGAAUCUCAGUGAUAGUGAUUUCGUGAUGGAUGGUUCGCAGCCUCUUGAUCCACGAAAAACUAUUUUUGUUGGAGGUGUUCCUCGGCCAUUACGAGCAGUGGAGCUUGCGAUGAUAAUGGAUCGGCUGUAUGGAGGGGUAUGUUAUGCUGGAAUAGACACAGAUCCUGAGCUGAAAUACCCCAAAGGAGCUGGGCGGGUUGCGUUUUCUAAUCAACAAAGUUACAUAGCUGCUAUCAGUGCCCGCUUUGUUCAGCUGCAGCAUGGAGAGAUAGAUAAACGGGUGGAAGUUAAGCCAUAUGUCUUGGAUGAUCAGCUGUGUGAUGAAUGUCAGGGGGCCCGUUGUGGUGGAAAAUUUGCUCCAUUUUUCUGUGCUAAUGUUACCUGUCUGCAGUAUUACUGUGAAUAUUGCUGGGCUGCUAUCCAUUCACGCGCUGGCAGGGAAUUCCACAAGCCCCUGGUGAAGGAGGGAGGAGAUCGCCCAAGACAUAUUUCAUUCCGCUGGAACUAAAAGAUUACUGCAGUGCUCAUAUGCAGGCCUCAAAAUAAGUGCACUCUUCUGUUAUCCUGAUCCCCUCCCCACCAUCCCCCUUAUUCAAGAUAGCAUGUCCUUUUGUAGUAGUCUGUAAUUUAACAAUAGUAUAAUGAAAGAAUGACCUAUCAUAUGGGUAUUUUGUAGAAUCUUGUCAUUGAAAACUGUAUUGGGAACUCCUUUUCGUAUUGAUAACAUGUUGCGUGUAAGUUACAUCCUCUUGUCUUUGGUAUCAAGAGGACAUUUACUUCAUGCAGUGUUUUCAUAGAGGAGUGAAAAAAAGUUAAAAGAGAAAUGAAAUAGAGUAUUUUGUUUUUUUAAUUAAAUUAUUGUUAAUAAAAAACAUAAGAAUACUUUUAUUAAAAUAACCAUGCAACAAUAACACUAUCAGUCUGUUUGGACGCUCCCCUCCUUUGCCCCGCCAAGGGAAGCCUGUUUUUUGCCUUUUCUUACAGUUAAAUUUUACAGCAAUGGAAGAAACUAGCAACUGCCUAGGAAAGAGCAUGUUUAAAGCAACAAAAAUGCAUGAGCAGGGUUGAAGCAGCAUUAUAACAAUUAUUUUUACUUAUGUUAAGGGCAUUGAGGCUGAAUUUUUAGCACAGGAUAUAUCUCACCAUGUCUCCGACUUCCAACCACAUCCAAAGUACUAAUCAAAUAGGCAGAUCAUAGUAUAUUUUAUCAAAACAAUUACCUUUUAAAGGUUCCCAAAUAUAAAAGUUGGGUAAAAUUACUACUGAGUGGAGUGUUGGGGGGAGGGUGCACUUAUUACUUUUCAUUAAGAAGAGAGAGAACUCAAUUGUCUGGUUACUGCCCUAGAAAUCCUACCAAAGCUAGAAUAACAACAACUGGUAAACUGGCAUUUCCUGUCCUGAAGGACAAAUGUAUAGAUUUUAUUUUUGAUGGUUAUAUAUAACUCUAUAUCCUAAUAUACUAACAUUCAUCAGGGGCCAGCCUUUGCUCUCCAUUUUGACAUGAAAAAUAAGAUACCUCAAGGAUAUCAUGAUUUUAUCUAAGUUCUGGUAUUCCACUAUAUCACAGACUAAAAAUUGGCUGCUAAUUGGUUUUACUCUUGGAUGUAAAGUCAGUUUUAAUGUCCUCUAACGUAGCUAGCUAUAAGGUAGAAAGCAUAAAUAGGACAAAGCUAAGUAGUCUCUAAGUCUGUUUUGCACUGUUUGCUGAACUAAUAAGUGGGUAAAUCUGUGCAAAGAGGCAUAUGCCUAUUUUACUCUUCCUAUAGAGAGAAUCCUAACUAAGAAUCCUUUUCUUCAGAACUUAGCAUGGGAAAAUAAAGAAUUACAGGUGUCUGAAGUGCCAACUUUGCUAAGUUAAUGCAUGCUUUAUUAUAAAUAAAUUCCAGCUGGAGAAGCAUUAACACAAUACAUGGUAACUGAAUGCUUAGGGGUCAGGUUGGGGGGUUGUUUGAAAUAGUCUCUUGAUGCCCUGGAAGGGGCAUAGACUUCCAGACCUGAUUUUUAACUAAUGCCCUGGUCAACUUUUAAAAUGAUUGUGUAGCAGUGUGCAAAACAAACCAAUCCAACGGCAAUCUUCUAAAUUGUCUGACUGGCAUGGUACCAUCCUAGAUUCUCUCAAACCAAAGAUUUGCCUCAGCGCUGCAGAAAACAUCUACUCUGUGAGCCCCUUAACCCGCAAAAUUAUCUUUAUGAGAAGCAGUUUUUAUUUUCAAUACAGGCUUUAAUGAACUAUACCUUAAGUUCCAAAGGUCAAAAUGGAGACAUUUGCUGUCUACUAGUCAAGUAAAGAAAGGGAGCUGCUUUUAAUGAAAUCCCUGAAAAUAUUGACAACAGUAAUGCAAAUAGAGAGUGCUCUUGUGUAGAUUGUCAGGGACUUUUUUUUCUCUGAAGUCCAUAAUUAUAGUUGGAAUGUUCCUUUUAAUUUUUUUAAAUGCUUGUUAGAUGGCUUGGGGUGUGCUAUUGUGCCGUUCCUACCCAAUAAACAGGUGAGAUGGGUUACCAUUACAAGAAAUAACACUGUUUGAGAACUAGCUUUGAAUAAUAAUUUUCCCUUUGUACAUGACCUGCUGAAUUUCGGUACAGUGUUUUUGUAGCUAACUUAUUUUGUCAUGCACAUAAUGUAUAUUUGUUAUGCACUACUUUUGUAUAUCUUGUUUUUCCAACAGUGAGCAUUUUUAGGCACACUUUUCACUGACGGGAUAUCUCUUUAUGCAAUACCUCAAUUUUUCAUAUUGCAAAGAGUAGCUUUUUGUACUUUUAUUACUGAGAGAUCUUCAUAUACUUCAUUUUUUAAUAUAAAUAAUUUUAAUAAAUUUUAUUUUCUUAUAUUCUGCUUUUUAUACAUUUCAGUGCUCUGCAUACAUUUUGAAUUAUGGAUGUUGUGCACUGGCAAUGCUAUUUUAGAAUCUGCAGAGAAAAGAAAGCAUGUUGCUUAAACAUCUUAGCCCAGCACCAUGUAUUUGGUGUACAUAUAAUUUAAGAAAUAGUAUAUGUAAAGUUGAGAACUAAAGAAGAAAAAAAGCAUGAAAGUGACAAAUGACAGUCUUUAGACCCUCAAAAAUUAAAUGCAUAAAUGUAGUGUAGAAAUUUAAAAGUAAAGUAACAUCAAAAUUGUCUACUGCUUCUUACUAAGUUUUUAAAAAUUAUACACAAAUGCAGAUGUUUUUGGUGAAUGUUUAGCCAUUUUUAAUAUUAAUAAAUUGAUGUUAGGUGUUUGAUGCAGAAAGGUGUCUGCUCUUUUAAAUUAUAUUUAAAGAAAUAAAAGCAAGCCUGCUAUGUGGCAGGCAUGUAAUGUUAGUAUGCAUGACUAAUGUAAGAAAUUGUUAUUCUACUAAUAUUCACUUGUGAUUGUGUGACAAGCGUGUUUACAGAUUAUUUGGUUACACUUCAAUUUACAGGGCAUAAACAAUUACAUAUAUUACUCUGUACUUAAGACAGUGAUUACAUGUCCUUCCGAUUACAUGGGAUUUGGAGUUGGAGUUACCAUGUCACUCCAAACAUAAUUAACAUGCAAUUAGUUUUACAAAUCUUAGGGUAUCACUUCAGUUUGCAAAAGGGUUAAGCCUGUAGUUCUAUCAUGCUAGCAUGGCACUGGCCAUGUAUUUACAAUGUAGUUACAGAGUAAUUACAUGGUUAUUUUUGCAGUGUAAAAUAAAGUGUUUCUGAUUACUUUAUAUGUAAAGGACCCCCACUGCCCCGUGCUUUUUGGUAUAGUAUAUACUUCUCCAUACACAGACCUCUGCAGAAUGCAAAUUUGAAACUUGCAGUGAAUGAAUCUAGCGUUUUGUAAGGAUGCUGUUGGAAAGACUUGAUAAUUCACCCCUUUUGUUUUUGAAGAGUUAAAACCUUCUGUUUAAAAGGUGAUUUAAAACUUGAAUGUGAUGAAUUGUGGCAAGUUAACUUCAAGUUAUGUGCAAUACUUAUUUCAGACUUCUGGAAGAUCUUUGCAGUGUAAUUCUUUGUUUUUAAUUGCAGACAUUUAAAAAUGUCAUUUUCUACUGUUCUAGUAAAUUCUCUUUCUUGCUGGUGUUUCUAAAGAAAAGAAUCAGAAAUCAAUCUUUCUACUAAUGUAAAUUUGAGAUUAUUUUUAAAAAAAGGAAUAAAAGAGGUUUGGUCAUUUGCUUUAUUUUAUUAUCUUAUUUUAAAGCUACUGUGAUUGAUAGCAUUGUAAGAAUUGGGACAAUAUUGUAUUCAACUGUUUUAUUUUUUAUAUUUUUAAAUUUUAAAGUAUAAUUAGUUUUUAUAAUUUUCAUCAGAUUUUUUGUUAUAUUUUUUGGACGUGAAACUUUUAGCAAGUGGGUGUCUAGUUUUUACUAAUCCCUAAUAUGUUUUUCCCCCAAUGUAUUGCUCAUAUUAUCAGAAGGAAAAGUUAUUUAAGUAUGUCAGUUAAUUGUACUACUUGGCUGAAUUUCCAUAUAGUUUUUACUGUGUAUGGGGAGGUUGUAGUAUUUAUUAUAGCAUUUUAAAUAAGGGUAAUUCAUUUUUUAUUAAAGUAAUUUUCACAUUUAAGUUCAUAUUUUUGUAUGUUCUAUUCUAAGUUAUAUAACACAAGUUACUUUUUUUUUAAAGAGUUCAUUUGUUGAAGUGCUAGUGGAAAAUUAAUGUUAUUAAAUAGUUUGCAAAUGACUAUUUAUACCAGUAUGCAUAUAAUUUUUAAAUAUUUGUAAUGUGAGAUGUUGAAUGAAUAAAACUUUUAAUUCAAA